CAAAAAACAUGGCCGAGCUCCCGUAAAAGACGUCGUUGGAGACGUCGAAGUGUUUGUCUUUGUUUACGUGUCGAAAUCAUCGUUCGAAUCCAUUGAAAUUCAACGCGAAGUGUCUUACUGCGGUUUAUGGAAUUUCUUCGAGUUUGCAGUGGCUUAAUAUUUUUAGUAAACACUCAAUAUAGUGUUGACCGAUUGAAAUGAAUAACGGGGAUGUUGGAGGAUCUAGAGGUAGAGGCCGUGGUUGGCAUAAUCCCGAUAAUAAACCUCGUGAGUUGCGCCGGCCCAAAUCCGUGGCGGAUGACACAAAAGUUGCUCCAGUAUCAAAUCUGUCUGCAGAAGCUAAGGAAUGGUAUCCACCAAAUUAUGUACCACAGUCACCUGUGAUAUACAACACUGAACCCAUUAGAGUGCCUCGUUAUUCUGUUCAGGACAGAAUUCGGCAGGCACAAGAUCAGAAUCCUUAUAACUUUGAUGACAUGUCAUUUUCAUUGGAGGAGUCUGAAAAUAUGGAUCUGAGAGAGAACAUAGCAAACCUGAUUACAGUAAUGUGUGAGAUAACAUUUGAUCCCGGCAAAUUUGACACAUUGUGUGGCCCAUUGGUUGAUUCUUUUGUUUUGACUUUGAAUGAUGCCAGCCAGACAAGACCCCUCGUUGAAGCUAUUGUCAACCAGUCGAUUGGCGAGGCGAACUUCCGCUACAAUGGUGCCAGACUUUGUUCAAUAUUUGACUCUGUUGCAUCACCGGAAGAAUCGACAUUCCGAGCAUGUCUACUUGAGCGUUGUACUGAUGAGGAGCACAAGAUUAUAAGUGGCGUGGAGUCCUCAGAGGAAAAUAUGCGCGGCUUUGCCAUGUUCCUGGCUGAAAUAUAUACUCAACUUGAAAACAGCCAGGGUGGAAGGAUAAGAACCUUAGGGGAAAGCCUCUGUAAAGUUCUACUACAUCUUCUAGAUACUAACAAGGAAACAAACAUAAAAUCAGUUUGUCAAUUGCUCAAGUUGUCGGGCAUAGCGCUGGACGCUGACUGCCCGGAGGGCAUGCGAGCGGCCUUCGAACGCCUAAAGUACCGGGCGGAAAUGCCGUGCGUGCGCCGCGUUAUUGCAUUACGGGCCGCUCGCUGGGGCACCGCGGACCCCGAGCCCGAUCCGCACGCGGCUCCGGCCCUGCCGCAGCCGAACACACGCCGCCCGAAUCCUACGAACUCUGAGCCGGAGGGAACCAUGGGCGGCUACCUCGCGGAUGGGCAGUCACUGACCAUGGAGGAACGUGACUUCCUGCAGAGUAACCUGCCCGCCAAACCCGCCGCGCUGGACAUAGACAUACUGGAGGAGCUUGAGAAUGAGGCGUGGGAUACGGGCAUGGACGCCGAAAUGCAGGCCGGCUACCUGGAGUUCCUCAAGAUCUCCAACCAGAUCAAACGAUAGCCGUUUCUCUUCACACACGAAACGCCCGAAACGGAACAGAUUGCGUCUCUACACUAGGACAAUGGUGAAAAACUAUAAAAAAAUUAUAAAAUUUUAUAAAACUAUAAAAAAGAUUCGUCUGUGAAGGCUUCGUAAUACUCUAGAUUAAUGAUAAAUAAAUGCAUGAUUAUGACGUAUUCUACAGAAAAUACAUAGUGGUUAGAGCCCAGCGACACCCGUGGGGCGGCGUGUUCACACCCCACUUGUACUGUGCACACUGCCAACCUCACGCUAGCUUCGUCAUGCCAGUGUUCAAUGAAUAAUACUCGUGGCGUCGGGUGCUGUACAAUCCAUUAAGUUUCUACUAGUGCGUGUACAACAUCCAACAAUCCGCAACUGAUUGUAUCGGGUGGCGUUUGGAGACGUCGCUUCACUUGGGGUGUUCAUAAUGUGUUACUAGGUAUACAAAAUACUACGAAUUAAAUUAACUCAAAAUGCGUGGCGUCGCGUUCCGUGGUGUAUGUGGGAUGUUUCUUCCAUAAAAGUCCGCGCAGCACUAAAAACAAUCUAAUUAUAAAAAAUAAACGUAAUGUACCGAAUCCUAACAUAAGCAAUAAUAUAAAAACUAAGUAAAGUAAGUUUUACAACCUGUAUCCCGUUUCACUGCAAUACUAAGCUGGUUUUGAAUAGGCGUAUAUUUAGAUAUUGAAUUUAAUAUUAAAGAUUGAUCAUUCAUUCUUUAUAGCUCGAAUAGGUUACUUCCCAGUAUGUAUUUAUUGUGUUUAUAUAUUUUUUAUGGAUUUUCAAAAUCGCAAUAUAACACUACUUGAUCCUGGUGAUAUGAUUUACGCUCCAUAUCUGACUAUUGAAUUGUGUAUAACUAUAGUAUAAAAUAAGCCUUUUAUAAUUAAUAUUAUUAUUUUUAUUAUGAGCUAUGAACAAUGCAAAUGCAACAAAAGUUAAUGGACUUAAUGUAAACAAGUGAGCACUCAGAACUUCCAAUGAAAAUCUAGCAAUUACUUAUUUUAUAUUGAUAUAAUAUACAUAUAUAGCAAAGUUUUCCCUUAGUACAUUAAACCCAGUUAAUAUAGUUAUCUGUAGUGAGAUACAAACCUGGUAUUUCUCAUAUGCUAUAGAACCUUAUAGCGGUGGUGCUGUUGUCAAAGAAAACACAAAACAAAACUGUAAUGCCUUGCUACAUAUUUUUGGUAAACAAAUUUAAUACAAGUAACGUAUUCAUAGUAAUAUAAACUAGAUUUAAAUAUUCAUAUAUUUAAACAUCAUAGUUUUCUGUGAUUUUGUCCAGUAUAAUAAUGAUAAUAAUUUGAAAUGUUUUAUAUUAAAAUUUUAUCAGUAAUAGAUAUGCAGUGAUAGUGUUCAAUCGAGACUGCUUAUUGUGGUCUUUUAUCUUCUUGCAAUCUUUCAAACAUUAUGUCUCAUCUCUGUGCUGUGGGCUUACUUCCAUCGCUUGUAGCAGUAUUAUUUUAAUAUACAGUAUAAACUAUGUUAUACCUUGAAGAAGAUGGUAGGGAAAUCUGAAGCAAGCAUCAACCACAUUAAAACAAUAAUACUUUUUUAGUGAUGAUAGUAAGCCCCCAGGCUUAAGUUGGCAGUGUUUUUGGCAAUAAAGUAAUUCUCAAUCUAGAAUCUAAUCUCAGCGGCGAUUGCCUUUUAACAUUGCUGUUUUGUAUGAGAUAAAAGGUUGCGAUCGAGAUGCUAAAUGUCAAAAAGAUACAGCACAGCCCUAACAGGUUGGCCGUUUACUAUCAUAGACUGCAUCAUCAUUUACCAUCUGCUUUGAUUGCAGUCAAGGACUAACAUGUAAUGGAAUUAAAAAAGCCUCUGUUCCUAUAAAAAUAGACUGUCUGUCUUUUCCAUUAAAAAAAUGCGUGUACAACCACCACUGUCAAAAAACAAAUUAUGUAUAGAGACAAACGGUUGUCCGGUUGGACUGGUGUCAGAAAAGUUACACAUUACGGCUGCAGGUCGCAACCAAAGCAGCAACAUUGAAAACUAAAGGAUACAGCAUACCCCUGCUAGACACUGGGUACACUUUUGUUUAUUGUGUAAGCCAUUUUGUUCUUGUUUACAUUUCGUCUCGUAUAUAAAAAAAAAAAAAUUUAGUGAUCUCAUUACGUCUCCAUUUAUUUUGUCUGAUUCAUGACAAUAAAUGAAAUACUAUCGUAAUCUUCAAUUUGUUUCGAUGCCUAAUUUUGAUAAGCACGAUUCCUAACAUAUCACACAAUGAAUGCAUAAGUAAAAGCACAAAACAUUUUCUUAAGGAUAUCCUCUUAAAAUCUCUAAUUUCCUAAUGUUUAAUCCUUAAAGGUAGAACAUUCCGAUUAACGUGUCGAGAUGUCUGCAAAUUAUUGCGCUUGUUUCAUCUUGCGUUCAAAAAAUUUUAAAAUCUGUAAGGCGCAGAAGAUAAUGACGCGAAACCAAAAUAAAAGCGCUCACAUGUAGACACACACUUGCAUUUUUAUUAUUUCUAGUAUUUAAAAUAUAAUGCCAUAACAUUAUUAUUUAGAUUUGUGAAUUAUUAUUGUAUUUAAAUAGAAUACUGUGUUCUAUUUCAAAAAAAAAGCAAAUGCGGUAAGUAACUUUUAAAAGCCACCUUCUUUUUCCACAUAUUUUCUCCAGCCCCAAGAACUAGGUAAAAGACGUAAUUAAUUUAGAUUGCGGAUCAUUCAAAUGUUCGAUUGCCGUUUCGACAAUAUUUUCGGUGUGGAGUUUUUUUUUUUUUAAGCCGAAUUGUUACAUUUUAUAUGUUGUCCUUGCAUAAUAAUGCUUGUUUGAUAUGGUUGGAAAAGCGUGUUUGUGCUCUGUACGCAGUAGGUCCUAAUUGCUAAAAGUAGUUAUAUAGAGUUAUUGUAAAGGCAAAGGCAUCAUAACGCAAAGGGACGGAGAGUCGCUGGUACUUGCUUGCUUUCAGUUUACGUUACAUAUUAGCUAUUAUUAAAUGAAUUGUUUGUGGCCUUUGAUAAAAAAGUUACGCAAUCAAUUUCUAUGCAUCCAGAUAUUGCAAGUUUAACAUGUUGUUAUCACUGAGCAGCGGGUAACUAAGCGUUAAAUAUCUUAUUACCAUCAAAAAGCGGAUUAAAUAUCUCAAAAUAAAUAAACAUAGGCUUAAAAGGCUUUUCUUAUAGUGGGUCUUAAAGAACUUUUGAAUUCUUACUUACGGUGGGUCUGAAACAGCUUUGAGGAGGUCUUAAAGUUUCGGUGACUUUGGACAGUUCCACUAGCCUAUUGUUAAUCUUUUAACCUGUUAUUAAUACUUCAAAACAUUAGUGAUUGGCAAGGAGGUUAGUUUAUCGUUAAGUUAAACAUCACAACUGUGUUCCCUCCGUCUCGAUAACGCGGUGCCAAAUGCCAACUUUUUUUAAGUAACCUUGAUGGAGUUUUUAAUUAAUAAGCAAUCUUUGAAGACAUAAUAAAUAAAUUUUUGAUGUUUUAUGCAAUAUGGGAUUUAUUUAUUUGAUGAAGCAAUUAGGCGAAUGUUUAUAAUAUUUCAUUGUAUUUUUGUUGCAGUGAUAUUAUGAAUGUUAUAAGAAUAAAUGGAUAUUUUAAUAAAAGUCAUUUAAAUAUA